AUGGCUUCUACUUUUGCUGAUCAAUCUUAUUCUAUAGAAGCAUAUGAUACAUAUCGACCCAGGUAUCCUCAACAAAUGUAUGAGACUAUCAUGAAAUAUCAUCAAGGUGAAAAGGAAGUAGCACUAGAUUUAGGAUGUGGUACGGGAAUAGUCACUACAGAUUUACUUCGUUUGGGUGAAUUCAAGAAAGUGAUUGGAAUUGACCCUUCAGAACCGAUGAUUGAUUAUGCAAAGGAAUCUAGAAAAGAUCUUGGACUUGAGUUUCGUGUAGGUCGAGCUGAGGAACUUGAUUGGGCCGAAACAGCUUCAGUAGAUAUGUUGGUUGCGGGAACAGCAGCACAUUGGUUCUCUUCUGAUUGGUGGGAUGGAGCUGCUCGAGUCCUCAAACCUGGAGGAACUAUUGCUGUGUUUGUCUAUGGAGGAAUGUGGCCCGAUCCACAUCACCCAAAAGCCAAUGAACUUCGAGAUGCUAUGUUUUCAUUUGAACAACAGUUAGGAAAUUGGUCACCUGGAAAUACAGUAUCACAUAAUAUGUAUGAUGAUUUACCAUUACCAAGCAAACCUAAUGAAUUCACCGAUUUAGAAAGAAUUCAAUGGAAUCGAGAUGGAAAAGGAGAAAGAUUAAUGAUGUUUGAUAAAUUAUCUAUACCAACUUGGAGAAAUAGAGCUUAUACAUUUGGAGUAGCACAUAGAUGGAAAAUUCAAAAUCCAAUGAAAUUCGGUACACUUGAAGAUCCUAUCGAAAGAACAGUUGAAAAGAUUAAAGCAUUAACUUUUAUAAAUGAUGAACUUACUGAAUUUGUUUGUGGUCAUUCUCUUUCUUUAAUCUUACUUCGUCGUCAUCAAACUUCAUGA